AUGCGCCCGCUCAAGAAGAUUGUUGCUCCUCCUACUACAGCCUUCAAGACGCAUAUAGCUGAACAGGUAGGCGAAGGCCAGCGUACAGGCAACAGUAAAGACAGCCAAGUCGACGCCAAACCCGAGAAGGGUCGAGGCUUAGCAGAUGGGCCGACGACGCACGAGACAGAUGGGCAAGGCAUCACGCAGGAAGCUGCCCAUGGCACGUCGGCCCCGGCGGGAACGUCCAAGCAGGUGUUAGAAGAUGCGAAGGAGCUCGAUCGACCUACAUCCGGUGCCUCUCGGCGCUCAGGUCAGACGAAGUCUUCGAGUCGGAGCCGCAGAUCGGGCGAGUCGGAGAAGAAACCCACGCCUUUCCCCGCGUUCGAUCCCCCCGCGGAGGCGUUAAGGGGUGAAGGCGAAGAAUCGGAGGACGAAGAGUUUGAAGAUCAUGCAUUUGAUCAUCCGUCCACGUAUGAGGAUCAGAUGUGGGUAUGGCUGCCCAAGGAUACUUUUGGAUUCAGCGAGUUGCUGGUGGAGGAGUUUAAGAAAGCCGGCGUGGAUGCCAGCGAUCUGGGGUCGUCGAUGGAUGCCAAGGGAACCGUAGAGGUCACCCGAAAUCCUCCAGACGAAGAAUGGUCUGGCGGUCAUGAUCGAUGA